AGAGUAACGCUGCUGUGCUUGUUUCUCCAGAGAGUCCUGAGACCAUGAAGAUGAGAGUUGUUGUGUUGCUGGCUGUGAUCGCUAUGUUCUGUGCUGCCGACGCUCAGACAUGUGCUAUGGAUAAUCUGAUGAGCAGCCUGACCCAAUCCGUGGCCUCUGCAAUGCUGCAGAGAGUGACUCUGUCCUGCACGGAUGUCUCAGCUAGAGGGAGCCUGGUGACUUGUCCCAGAGGUUACAAGCCGACAGGCUGCUCCUGCGGCAAUGCCUGUGGUUCCUGGGAUAUCCAAAAUGACCAAACCUGCCACUGCCAGUGUGCGAACCAGGACUGGACUUCUGCACGCUGCUGCAGGAUAGCCAUGAACUAGAAGCCAAGAAACGAAGGAACCGGCAUCAAGAUUGUGAAAGCUUAACACACAAAAUGUGGUUAAAGAUUGGCGUGAGGGUUUUUAUUUUACCAAGCUCCUUCACUUUUUUGGAACUCACAUCCAGCUUUAAUCCAGAAUGCCGAGUAUUUUUAAAUUGAAGCUCAAACAUAUCUCAUUGAUUUGCCCUUUCGCUAGUGAAUAGUCUGGAACUCUUUUGGCUUGCCCUGGGAUGCUUGCACAUAGAGGACGCUGUAUAAAUGAUACUGGCAUUGUUAUAGUAUUGAAUAAAAAGGGUCUGAAAAUAAA